GGCCUGCGCGUCGUGCGCGAGGUGCUCGCGCUGUGGCGCGAGACGCGCGAUCCCGAGUGGGCCGAUGCGCGCCUGCUCGCGCAGUACGAGGCGCCGCUCGCGGCCGCCCUCGCGGCGGCGUUCGGCGCGGACAGCACGCCCGAGGUGCUCGCCGCGGCGCUCGCCGUGGGCGCCGAGGGCCUCGGCGCAGGCCUCGACGUCGCGCCGACCAGCCGCCUCGUGCGCCGCAUGCACGAGACGUGGGAGCAGGCGCAGAAGGCCGACAUGCCGCAGCUGGGCGAGCUGGCCAUCGCGCCGGGCGCGAUCGCCUACCUCAAGCUCGCCGUGCUCGCGGCGUGGGCGCACAUGGCGCUCGCGCCGGCGUGCGCGGCGCUCGUGGCGCCGCACGUCGGCCACCUCGCGCAUGCGUGGGCCGCGGCCCUCACCGCGUACGCGGUGCUGCGCGCCGACGCGAGCGCCGCGCUCGACGAGGCGGACACGCUCCUGCCGCCGGCGCGCGCGGACAGCGCGCUGCGCCCUCUGCAGCAGGCGCACCUGCUCGCCGCGUUCGCGCCCGCGUGGGCCACGCUGCUGCAGGCCCUCACGGCCGUGUGCGAGGCGCACGAGCCCGUCGCGCGCGCGACGCUCGCGCCGGCGCACGACGAGCCGAGCCGCACGUUCCUCGCGCUGUACGCGCUCGCGCUCGAGACGCUGUGCAGCGAGGACGCCGACCCGGCCGCGCGCGCCAUCGUCGGCCGCGCGCUCCCCGUGCUCGUGGACGCCAAGUACAGCGGCGCAUUCCUCCUGCACCCCGCCGCGUUUGACGAGCUCGUGCGCGUCGUGCACCGCGUGCUGCUGCACGAGGCGCCCGCCCUGCAGCGCGCAGCGCUCGACAUGGUGCGCGCGCUCGUGCACUCGAUGCGCGAGCGCCUGCUCGAGCUGGACGACGGGCGCAUCGACGACGCCGAGAUGCCGCACACGCCGCUCGGGCGCCUGUGGCGCAUGCUCCUCGCGUGGGCGCGGCGCCUCCCCGAGUCGCAUGCCGCGCCGACGAGCGAGCGCGCAGCGCUCUUCCGCACGGCCUGGCGCGCCAUGGUCGAUAUGGUCGAGGUGUGCGGCGCAGCGCUGCAGCUCGACCUGCUCGCCGUCCUCUUCCACACGCUCGCCGAGUACGCGCAGCGCGAGGACGACGCCGCGUACCUGCUGACACCGACGCUCCCGCUCCUCCGCGACAUGAGCGCACGCGCCUGCGCCGCCGCGCACGCGCACCCCCCGACCGCGCACCGCGUCGUGCAGGGCUUCCUCAGCGCCAUGGUCGAGAUGGCCGACGCGCUGCGCGCGCGCGCCGGCGACAUGGUCACGCGGCGCACAGGCCAUGCACUCGUCAGCCUCAUGCUCGUGCUCACGAGCCUCGACGAGCGCAUCCCCGUGAGCAGCGACGUGCUCGAGCGCUACGCGUUCCUCCUCGCGGGCCACCUGCGCGACGACCACGACGCGCCCAUGGCCCUGCAGUGCAUCGCCGCCAUCGCGCACGCCGCCAGCUCGCGGCCCCAGCACGCCCUGCGUGUCCUGCUGGGCGCGACGGCGCCCGCGCUCGUCGCGCACGCGGUACGCCGCGGCGCGCACCCCGACGCGCCGCGCACGCUCCUUGCGCUCGUCCCGACCAUGCCGCCAGCCAGCGCACUCGCCCUCGUGCUCCCCGUCCUCGCGCACGCCCCCCGCCACGCGACGACGGCGCCGCGCCCCCGCUGCCGUGCGCCGACGCGCUCGUCGAGCUCGCAC